CCCACGCUAGCAUGCUUGUUAUUAAUUACUCCAAAUUUGUUAGGAACGGGUGAGCAUACCAUAAUAAUUCAUAUACGCUCCAUCAAAGUUAGUCUUUUGAUAUCUGGGAGAGCGAGAAGCCUUUCCAGACCACAGAUAUGGAUAUUUCCCUAAGAAUAGUUAUCCCAACCUUACUGUUGUUUGUGCUUUUCAUCGUAGACCUUGGAGAAGGCCACAAAUGGUGUCCCGAAGUUCGGUGUGGAGACCAUGGCCCAGACGUCCGAUUUCCUUUCCAACUCAUCAAAGACAGGCAGCCAGACCACCACGGUGGCUUUGAUCUCUACUGCAAUGAUAAAGAUGAUACGGUGCUUGAGCUGUCAACUUCAGUAAAAGCCUUUGUUAAAAAAAUUGAUUACAAAUCUCAGUCAAUUGAAGUAACUGACUCAGAUGGCUGCUUUCCACGGAAAAUCCGGGGACUCAAACUCAAUUUAUCUUCUUCGUCUUUCCAAUUCAAAAAUGAUCUUUCUGACUAUGCCCUUUUCAAAUGUACGCCAGAUACAGAAUCUUCUUCUUAUCUGAUUCCUUGUCUUAGUAGCUUUUCAACCUCAGUUUAUGCUUUUCCUUCGGAGAGAGACAUCGACGACUUGUCCAUAUUAUCAUGUACAAAGAUGUAUAGCGUUUCAUCAGUUCCAUUUUAUAUAUGGCGUUCUCAUUCUCUUCAAUUGACUUGGUCCGGAUCGGAGUGCGGACGCGGUGAAGUGAAAGGCAAUAACUGUAGAUUCGAGGAAAAUAGCACUGAUGUCAGAACUGAGUGCAAAGACAAAGGUGCAUUAACAAAAAUAGUGAUAUCUGGUUCUAGCUUGGGGUCAUUUCUUUUGGUACUAGUAGUCUAUGCACUCUACCGUGUCUAUUGCUAUGACAAAACAGAGAAAGAAAAUCAAGCUAGGAUUGAAAUGUUUUUGGAGGAUUACAAAGCUCUCAAGCCCACAAGGUACUCAUAUAACGAUGUUAAAAGAAUUACAAAUCAAUUUACUGAGAAGUUAGGACAAGGAGCCUAUGGAAUAGUGUUCAAAGGAAAAUUUUCAAAUGAAAUCCAUGUAGCUGUGAAGAUCCUGAACAGUUCCAAGGGCAAUGGGGAAGAAUUCAUAAAUGAAGUGGGAACAAUGGGUAGAAUCCACCAUGUUAAUGUGGUUCGCUUGGUUGGCUUCUGUGCUGAUGGAUUUAGAAGAGCUCUAGUCUAUGAGUUCUUACCAAAUGAUUCACUAGAAAAGUUCAUUUCCUCAGUAGAUUCUAACCGUUUCCUUGGUUGGGAAAAGCUACAAGACAUUGCUCUCGGCAUAGCAAAAGGAAUUGAAUAUCUUCACCAAGGAUGUGAUCAACGAAUCCUCCAUUUUGACAUUAAACCUCAUAAUAUUUUGCUAGACCAAAAUUUCAAUCCAAAAAUUUCUGAUUUUGGUUUGGCCAAGUUGUGUGCAAAAGAUCAAAGUGCAGUGUCCAUGACCACAGCUAGGGGGACCAUGGGUUACAUUGCACCUGAAGUGUUCUCUAGGAACUUUGGGAGCGUGUCUUACAAAUCAGAUGUUUAUAGUUUUGGAAUAUUGUUGCUUGAAAUGGUUGGAGGUAGGAAAAAUGUUGACGUAACCAUGGAGAACACUAGCCAAAUUUAUUUCCCAGAAUGGAUCUACAAUUUGUUAGAGCAAAAAGAAGACCUACAAGUCUACGUUGAGGAUAAUGAAGAUGCUAAAAUUGCAAAGAAACUCGCAAUUGUAGGACUUUGGUGCAUCCAAUGGCACCCAAUGGAUCGUCCUUCAAUGAAAGUUGUGGUCCAAAUGUUGGAAGGAGAAGGAGAUAAGUUAACCAUGCCUCCUAAUCCUUUUGCAUCUACAGGCCCUACAAGAAUCAAUGUAAGUAUGCCUGCAAGGCAUUUGAACCAAGAGUUAGAAGUCAUCCUAGAAUCAGAGUAGGCGUCCUUGACAAUCAUAAAAGUUGCAAUCAUUUUGUACUCAAGGAUUGAAAUUAUUAACUUUAUGGUCAAUGUAGGGACUUCUAGUUUUCUUAUAUCAAGUUUAAGCAAAAUUAUACUUAUAAAAAUGUAUUGCUUAAUUCCUAUUGAGAUAGCGUUCGGGGGCCUUUUUCGGUUGCCCAGCCACGUGUGGUCCAUUGGAGGGAUGACCUUACUAGGCUCGAGUUCUGUUCGAGGAGUUGCAUCCGAAACUCAACAUUGGGCCACAUAGUCCAAUGGCUACCGAUGUAUUUUUAAGCCUACAAAACCAUUAAAGCCAAAAUCUAAAAAUCACAAUAAUGGUCGAAUAAAUAUGUAAUAUGCAUU